CCGACAGCCGGCACAGCAAAUGUCAUCACUAUAUUCGAAAAAGAUUUUAGCAAGAGAACACUGUUUAAGUUCCUACCUGUGGAAAUUAAAGGACCAAUGGGUAAUCGCAAAGUGAUGGCAUUUAUCGAUGACGGUUCGAAAAUAUCGCUAAUCGAAGAGCAAGUAGCUAAAGCCAUCGGAUUGAAAGGUCCAGUCGAUAAAUUAUCAUUGCGGUGGAUAGGAGGAAAAACAACAAGUAAGCUGUCACAACGAUUGGAUGUCGAAAUUUCGGGUGUGAAUCAGAACGCAACUACCUUUCAGAUGAGAAACGUACGCACAACAAGAAAAUUAGAACUACCAGCGCAGACAUUGAAUUUUGCCAGUUUUAAAUGGAAGUCAAAUUUAGAAUACACGUUGUUCUGAUCCAACGAAGACAGUGCUGAAGGAGUUGUUUGCCGAAUAGACUGUGAGCAGGACGUGAUUAGCGAUAUUCAGAUGCAAAUGAAAGAGUACUUUACCUUAGAGAGUUUUGGGAUGAAACCCCUACAGCCGGUCGUGUCUGAGGCAGACAAAAGAGCUGAAACAAUUUUAUUUCAGACAACCUAGCAAAUUCGUUGCCAUUACGAAACUGGUUUGUUAUGGCGAACUGAUAAGGUAGAGUUUUGUGAAAGUUAUAGCAUGGCGCGGCGUCGCCUGGAAACAAUUGAAGCGAAAAUUGCCAAAGAUUGUAAAUUUGGUAGUUGGUACAAAGAUACAAUUAACGAGUAUUUAAGCAAAUCGUAUGCUAGAAAAUUAUCAUUGGUGGAAGCGCUGGAGGUUAAACCU